UAUUUGUUUUUGGAUAUGAACAGUAUUAGAUUUUUUGUUAAUCAAUAGUCUUCCAACUCCCCAACACAACAGCCAACACUUGGGCUAUCUGCAUCCCACAGAAAAGAUGAGGAAAGGGUCAGACAUGGUUCUCACAGCAUCUGCAAUUGCAGCACUAUCAUCCUUCAUACUACUCUUUCUUCCUCGUUUUCUCUCUCAUCCUCCUCUCUCUCUCCUCAAUGCUUCCCAAAACCUUCUUCAUCUGGCCCGGCCCAUCCAACUCCAAGCUGCGUUUGGGCCCGAGAGCUUGGCCUUCGACCCAUCUGGUGGUGGUCCCUACACUGGUGUUGCUGAUGGCAGAAUUCUCAAGUGGGACCCGGAUUCCAACUCUUGGCUCGACUUUGCUUUCACCUCUUCUUCUUCUAGAAAGGAGUGUACGCGAGCAUUUGCACCAGAAUUGGAGCAUGUAUGUGGCAGGCCACUAGGUCUGAGAUUUGAACAGAAAAGUGGAGACCUUUACAUUGCUGAUGCCUACUUUGGCCUUCAAAGGGUUGGGCCUGAAGGUGGUUUGGCCUCAAAUGUGGCAACUCAGGCUGAAGGCGUUCCCUUGUAUUUCACCAAUGACAUGGAUAUUGAUGAAGAAAAUGAUAUCAUCUACUUCACCGACACAAGCACGAAGUUUCGUAGAAGACACUUCAUGCCAUCCAUUUUAAGUGGAGAUCAGACAGGCAGAUUCAUCAAGUACAACAAAUUAACCAAAGAAGUCACUGUCUUGCUGCGUGGUCUUGCCUUUGCAAACGGAGUGGCUUUGAGCAAAGACCGUUCAUUUGUGCUGGUAGCUGAAACUAGCACCUGCAGGAUCUUAAGAUACUGGCUUCAGGGUCCAAAUGCAGGCCAAGUUGAAACUUUCGUUGUAUUGCCUGGAUUUCCGGACAAUAUAAGAAGAAACUCGAAAGGCGAGUUUUGGGUUGCUUUACAUGCCAAGAAAACCCGUUUGGCAGAUUGGCUUCUUAAAAAUUCUUGGGUCGGAAAUGUGUUGCUUAAGCUCCCGCUUAGCUCUGCACAGCGACUUCAUGCUUUGUUUAUGGGCGGGCACCAUGCAAUUGCGGUGAAGUUGAACGAAGAAGGAAAAACGGUUGAAGUUCUGGAAGAUGCUCAAGGGAAGCAAGUGAGGUAUGCUAGUGAAGUAGAGGAGAGAAAUGGAAAGUUGUGGAUUGGUUCUGUUAUGAUGCCUUCGGUUUGGGUCUACAAUUUGCAUUAAUACUGUUUUUGUGCAUAUGAUGUAUAAUAAUAGGAGAGCGUAACAUUAGUAGUUUAAGGACUAUCACUACUCACUAGUGUAUUUUUCAUAUUCUUGAUCCAUAAUACGUUAGUUAGAUGUAGUUAACACAUAGUUAGUUCGAAUUGUGUUAUUUACGAUGAUAGUUAUUUUCUUUGAUGGGAGUAUAUCAAUUACAUAAUCACAUUUUCUUUUUAA